AUGAGGCAAUUGCAAUUAAGUCAUACGCAUAUCACAUUCAGCAUGUCACUCACAAAGUCCGGAUUGAACGGCGCGUCUACUCUGGCGCCUAAUCUAUUCAUUGAGGCCAUGAAAGUCCAGAUUGAGGAUCGCACGUACAGGGUCCCUGCAUAUCACCUUCUAGCCAGUCCAAUAAUCCAAGACGGGCUAGAAAGGGCUCUUAUGGUCGAUACUGAACGGAGUAUUGACCUCACCGCCUACAUUUCGAAGGAGCAAUUUGAGGGUCUUAUCGAAGUCCUCCAUCCCUCGUCAAUCACCUUCGACCGUUCCCCACGGGGAAAGGUAUGGGUGUCCGCCCUCCUCGCCGCGACGCGUCUCAAAAUGAAGACCGUCCGAGCGACGUCAAUCCAGGCUAUCUUCGAUGGAGCGGGUGGGCCGAUGACCCCGCUAGAAAAGCUGCGUACCGGCUACAGAUCUUCCGUUUCCUCUCUGUUCUGUCAAGGAUGUGAGGAGCUGGUCAAUCAAUCAGCCACCCUCUCAAUUUCGGAGCUUCAGUUCCUGAACUGGGGAGGAAUGGGCCCGAGGAUCAUGCUCCUGAGGGAGGAGAGACUGCAGAUGGAGCUCGUUCGCGCUCUUGUACACGGGGCUGGGAAAGAUUUUGACGUCGCUGAGAGAGUGAGGGAAGUGUUUGCAGAGGAGUUGGAAAUGGUCAGAGAGGUUGAAGGAAAGAUGAGCGAGCAGAUGAUUCUGGAGGACUCGGACAUAAGGAGCGCUUUCCUAAGCGACAAUCAGAUUGUAGCACCUCGAUUAGUUGGAUUCAACAUUUCUUAUUUGUCGUGCCGGCGAUGA